UGUCAUGAGCAGCUUGGCGAGCCUGUGAGUGACUGUCGUUUACCUGAGGGACAAGAGGAUAUUAAGGCAAAGAAGAUUCAAAACAAAACAAAACAAAAAACCUGACUACUGCUGAUUAUUGUCUGGCUUUGUAUCCAAGUGCUUCAUGGCUGCCACCGAGGCUGUGCUCCCUUCCUUCAGCUCCUUCUCAAACCUCUCUGACAUUAAUGUGUGGAGGUCUGAGGACGGGUCGCCACCGCUGGGCCCCGAGCAGCUUCAUCUUUCCCAGGAAAUGAGCGGGGAGCUUCUGGACGACGAGAGCCAGGCUUCCUGGGACAUCGAGCUGCUGCUGUCCGAGUGGAGCAGCCCCUCGCCGAACCUCAGCCCUUCCCUGGACCGUAGUGAUGACAGGAUCCAACGACAGCUGAACCAAGACCGAGUGUAUCAUGAUUCAGGCAUGCUUAAGGACCAAACGGGUCAGGAACAGAUGGACGUUAGUCUCAUGGCCGAGUUUAUGUCCCCGACAGCAUCGUUCCAGCCACAUGUGUAUCACCAAGGUUACAAUAAUGACCCAGCCGGUCGAAUGUCAGCUACCAAUCAUGUAGACCAGUUUGGGUUCUCCCAGGAAAGACAAAGCUCAGGGAGCCUAAGUGAGGUCACAUCCUGGGAAUUCAAUCCGUAUUACCCCCCACAGCAUCCUUCUUUGGUGGCUUUCCCCGACGGCAGGUUCAUCCCACUCCAAGCUGCGACCUCCGACACUCGACACUACAACUACCCCUCUCACUUCUCCCACAGUGCCAGCCUUUUCUGUGACUACACGCACGGCCAGGCCAGUGGUCGUUUGGCCCUACAGCAACAGAUGGUCAAACCGGAGCUGCCCCCUGGCGGGGUGGAGGGGAAGCGCGGGCGAAGGUCUACCGGGAAAAAGAAGCCUGCCAUCCACAGCUGUGAAUACCCAGGCUGCAGCAAAACCUACACCAAGAGCUCGCACCUUAAAGCUCACCUUCGCACACACACAGGGGAAAAGCCUUACCAUUGCUCAUGGGAAGGCUGCACCUGGAAGUUCGCCCGCUCUGAUGAGCUGACGCGUCACUACCGCAAGCACACGGGCCAAAAACCCUACGAAUGUGCGCUCUGUAAGAGGGCCUUCUCCCGCUCUGACCACCUAGCUCUGCACAUGAAGAGACACACCUGA